UCAAGUCUGCAAGGACAUUCCAAUGAAGCCUGCAUGACUCAAGACUCCUGCAAUUGGGUGCCUGACUCAACCUCACACUUUCUCCAAUGUGUGGGUCUGCCUUCGACAGACACGGGAAGAGACCACAUGCGGAGGCUGAAGGGAAUAAUUGAGGCAUCGAUGGAUGUUUAUUCCUUCAUGACAUCCAGCAUGGCAAGAGUACCUCUUAUGAGCCUGGAGGGGGAGCUGAAACUUUACCCGGGAGUAGAUGCUUUCCAAAAUGAAACCCUGGUCCAGAUGUGGCUGGAGAUCAAGAUCAAACCACUUCUGAGAUCAAUCAGCAAACAGUUCCUAACCUGCCUCAGCAUCAAGAACUUCAGCUGUUCCACCUACCACACUGUGGUAAAGGAGCUCAGCUACCAUUUCUCUGAGAUGGAUCCAGUGAGACAAAAAUGGAUCUACACCUUCUUCAUGUACCCCUUCCUGUCUAGUGGAAGAGUAGCUGGUUGUAUGAGUCCGGGACAAAGCAGUGAGGAGUGGCUGCAGAAGAACUUUGGUGCGUUCAAAGUCAUGGCCCGUAUGAAGGACAUUUCAACACUCAACAUUACCUUCCAUGCUUUGGAGGUUCUUCACCUGCUCACCCAGGAGCAGAAGGCCGAGCUGCUUCUGAGGCCUGAAGUUGCAGGUUUAAACAAUGACACCUUGAACCUGGUCUUUCACAGUUUGACAGGAGGCAAAGACCCUCAACCCACCAUCAGACCUGCUGAGAUCCAAAACUUGAGCAGCACUGGUUACUCACUCGGCUACACUCCCAUACUGACAUAUUACCCGUACCCACCACCAACGCCAGAGGACACCCUCAAAGAGACUGCAGCUGAGCUCAUGGGGGCUUUCAGACCCAUCGGGAGUUUGAUUCAUGGAUUUGUGUCCUUCACCCGUCAGAGGAAUUUGUCAGAAAUAAGAAGUACGACUCUGACCCAAUUCCUGCUCAACUGGACCCUAGCAGAGAUGGCAAACAUGUACAGGGAGCAAGACCCACCUGUAGCUCCAGAGAGGCCAAAGUUUGAUGUGACAGAUGUAGAGGACUGGUACCAGCAGGUUGUCGUGCCGCUGUUAUUGAGGUUCUUGCCAAAGGAGGAGGUCCUGAUGCAUGAAAACAUCAAGCUGGCCUUCAACAGAUUAUUCUUUUUAGACUCCUUCGGGGACAAUCACACAUCUGAACUCCAGGAUGUCUGCAGCAUCACCCUGGAUGAGCGAACAUGCGGACUCACGGAUGCAGUGGAAAAUGUGGCCCAUGUUUUGCACUGUGUUGCCCGUAGUAACCUGACGAUGUCUGAGGGGACAAUACUGAGACUGGUUCAGGAGCUGUCAAACCGUUUGAACUUACUUCUCAAAGAGAUUUCCACAACGGACAUGAAUGGAUUUGCAUCUCACGUUCAGGACCUCUUUCAUGAGGCCACCUCCCCGGCUCUGACCCAGGAAAACUUAGAGGACCCGAACUUCAUCAGACUGUGGUUCAGGGUCAAACUGCUGCCCCUCCUGCCACAAAUACCUUUAGACCUCCUCUCCUGCCUCAGCACCAAGAACUUCACCUGCCCAGUUUUUCAAACCAUUGUAGCAGAACUCAGCAGAGAAAUACAACACAUGGAUGGCAGUCAGACCUAUGGUCAUCAAAUCUACAAAUACUUCAUCUAUUCCUUCCUGCGACACCACAACACCUCUCAACCCCAGUGUGUCUCAUCAGGAAGUCACAGUGCAGAAUGGCUGAUAAGCAACUUUGGUUUCUUUGCAAGAUUUGCAUCUGUUGUGGACUUUUACAGCCUGAACCCAAACUUCUCUGGACUGGAGGCGCUACAACGUCUUAACACCAAAGCAGGUGACAGAGGAUGCUGGUGCUGUCCCUUCAGUCUCUGGCAGACAAAGAAGCAGCUGUAA